CGAGUACCAUUUGCAGUGGUUGGCAGUAACCGUGUUAUUGAGGCUGGAGGCAAGAGGGUCCGAGGUCGGCAGUAUCCCUGGGGACUUGUUGAAGUUGAAAAUCUGGAACACAAUGACUUCAUAGCAUUGAGAAAUAUGCUCAUAAGGACUCACAUGCAGGACUUAAAGGAUGUUACCAACAAUGUCCACUAUGAGAACUACCGCUACAGCAAGUUAGCUCCGGUUGGAGGAGAUGGGAAGGUUAAGCCAGGCUCACUCACAAAAGACCCACUGACCCAGAUGGCUGAAGAGAAACGUGAGCAUGACCUCAAGAUGAAGAAAAUGGAGGCAGAGAUGGAACAAGUUUUCGAGAUGAAAGUGAAAGAGAAAAAAAACAAAAGCUGAAGGACAGUGAAGCAGAUCUUCAGAAGCGUGCAGAGCAGAUGAAGAAGAGUUUAGAGCAGCAGCAGAAAGAGUUGGAUGACAAGUACAAGGUGUUUGAAAAGGAAAGGCAAACAUGGGAAGAGCAGUAUGGAGAAAGGAGGAGAUCACUGGAGAAUGCUAAAGA